AUGCCCCCCCAAGCAAUCUCCGAAGGCCGCCGCCUCUAUGUGGGCAACAUGCCUUACACUGCGAAGCUAGAGGAUGUGGAGGCUGUGUUUGUAGCAGCAGCAUUCCCCAUCGAGCGUAUUGACAUCGCUAUUGACCCGUUCACGGGCCGGAACCCAUCCAUGGGCCGCUGGCGCGAACAAGCCAAAGCCUCCACUGCCCUUGCGGAAGAGAAUAGUCCUUCGACGAAGCGAGUCUAUGUGGGUGGUUUACCCCGCUUGACUGACCCUGAUGAAGUCCAGAGUAAAGUCCGAGAGCUCUUCCAUGCCUUUCAAGUCGAAAACGUGAGCAAGAUAUUUGCCCCACAUUUGGCCAAGCGCUUCGAGCCUGGGCAACACUAUUAUCUAUUUGUGGAUUUCAGCACCGAGCAAGAAGCUUACAACGCUGCUCGCCAGCUGGGAGAUCAAGUAGGCCCAUGGGGUGAUGUUCUCAAAGUGCGACCAGCCUACCGUUCAAACAGUAAGGCAUAA